CCAUGGAAGAUUGGAAUGAUCUUUUAAAGGCUUCGAAUGUUAAGAAAAAGGAUUUGAAUCUUUUAGUUUUAAAUUAUCUGGUUACCGAAGGUUAUAAGGAUUCUGCCGUAAACUUUAUGCAAGAAGCUGGAAUACCUAGUAAAAAUGACAUCGCUUUUAUAGAAAGGCGCAAGCAAAUACGAAAUUCCAUACAGAAUGGCGAUGUAAAAACUGCUGUUGAAAUUUUAAAUGAUCUGGAUCCUGAAAUUCUCGAUACCGAUCCCCAAUUAUUUUUUCUUUUACAACAACAAAAACUCAUUGAGUUAAUCAGAGAUGACAACGUUUUGGAGGCUCUCAGAUUUGCUUCGGAAGAGCUUGACAAAAGCGGCGCUGAGAACGAAGCAUUCUUAGAAGAACUCGAGAAAACCAUGUCCUUAUUGGCUUUUAAAAAUAACAAAUUGUCUCCAGUUGGAUAUCUAUUGGACAUGAGCCAGCGCCAAAAAAUUGCUAGUCAACUAAAUUCUGCGAUACUUGCGAGCCAAGCACAAGAAAAAAACCCGAAACUGCCACUUUUAAUUAAGAUGCUGUUUUGGUCUCAAGAGCAACUCUCCGAAAAAAUUUCCUUUCCGGUCAUUAAAAAUAUUUACUCUGCCGAUUUACACGAAUCAAAAGAAAACAGCGACGGCGAGUCUCCAUUAUAAUUUAAGUUAUAAAGUUUAGCAUUUUCCCACUUUAUUAAAGAAAAAACACACUAACACGUGCAUCAGCGAAACGUUGGCA